ACAACGGGGUGCUUUUACUGAAAUAGAAAACAAUAAAAUUCAACCUUUGAACAACAGCUGUCGCCAUUUUCUUCAUUGAAACUGUUUUCUUUGUUUUCAGAGAGAAGAUUAUUGCUGUCAAAAUAGCCUUCCAUAUAAUAGAGCUUCUUCGCUGUCUUGCGUUUGUUUCGAUGACUUCUUUGAAACUGUUUCUCGUAAAUCAAGAAAAGCUGUGUUUCUGUUCUUUAAGCAGCUAAAUCCAAUCAUUUUACUUACUCCUGUUUCCAUUCGUUGGUUUCUCUUUGAACAACGUAAUUUGCACGAUAAAAAUUAUUUCUUUCAACAGAAAUCUGUUCCUGCUUGCUGCUUCCAUCUGGUUUCCAGUGUGACUGCUUUCUUUGUUUUGGGGAUUUUUUUUUUUUUGUUGAGAGAAAAGAUGGCUGAUGUGUUAGCCAAAUCAAAUCUGUUUUCUUACAUCAAUCCUCAUCAACACAGUAAAGGCCUCUCUUUGAUCCCAGAAAGCUGUGCUGGUUCAUGUUCUAUGAGGGGUUUUCCAGUGAAAUUGAAAUCGCAUGCUCUGAGACUUUCUUCAUCUUUAAACAGUGAUUUUAAUAGAAAGAGAGUUGUUUUCAAAGAGAAUAAGGGCUUGCCCGGAAGAGGAAAUUCUUCAAAGGUCUCCAUUAAAGCACGGCAUAUCGGCCUUAUAGGGAAAUCACAAAAGUGGUGGGAAAAGGGGCUGCAAACAAACAUGAAAGAGGUGACCUCUGCACAAGAUCUAGUAGACUCCGUUUUGAAUGCCGGGGACAAACUUGUUGUUGUUGAUUUUUUCUCUCCUGGUUGUGGUGGCUGCAAAGCUCUCCACCCCAAGAUAUGUCAAUUUGCAGAAAUGCACCCAGAUGUGCAGUUUGUUCAGGUGAAUUAUGAGGAGCACAAAUCCAUGUGUUAUAGUCUUAAUGUUCAUGUGCUGCCGUUUUUCCGGUUUUACAGAGGAGCUCAUGGUCGACUUUGUAGCUUUAGCUGCACUAAUGCCACGAUCAAGAAAUUCAAAGAUGCUUUGGCUAAGCAUGCUACUGACCGAUGCAGCCUCGAGCCAACGAAAGGGUUGGAGGAGAAAGAACUCAUUGCAUUGGCUGCUAACAAAGAUCUUUCCUUCAACUACACACCAAAACCACAGCCAACACAUGUCCCUGGCAAAGAAGAAUUACCAGUUCCAGAUUUAGUCAGGCCUCACACAAUCUCCGAUCUCCCCUUACCUCUUCCUUCAACAACCUUAAACUCUACUCAAGACAGUAAAGAUAAACCAUUGGUUGCUUCCGGGAGAUGAUGUUUGAUGUGAUUAGUUUUUGCCAACCCCAACUUCUUCUGUUACCCUUGUACAGCUCCAUGUUGUGUUCUUUCUUUCAUGUAAAAUCAUACUGUAUGUUUGUUCCAAAGGAAUUGCAGGCGCUUGGAUUUUUCUUUUUUUUUUUUGGAUCCUAGCCUGUUAAUCUCAAGGGUAUUUAAAGAGCAAAUCUUUUUUUGUUUGUUGGUUUGCUCUUGUUGAAGGCAAGCCCUUUGUGGUUGUAAAUAUAAUUUGGCUAGAGUACUUGUACUACACUCGUAGUAUGUGAUAUGAAGAUGAUUUUGCUUUUA